AUGCCCGACUCGCCACACGACGGGCCGGCGCAGCUCGCCCCUCCCUCUCAUCCAACCUCCAUGCCUCCUUCAUCGUAUCAAGAGGCCGGUACGCGAAGCAGGAAGAAGGAGAAGCUCGGCUUGUUUCGCAAGAGGUCAACACCCACCCCAGAUCCCAUCCCUCCCACGCCGUCUGUGGAUGACAACGAUGAGUGGCUCGUGGAGGGCGAGUCACGAAACGGCCAUGUGAACGCCACUGUGUCAGUUGGUCGAGAAGCCAGCACGCUAUCUCGCUCGGCCGAACUUCUCCCAGCCGAUGACGCACAAACGUCGGCAUCCACACAAUCAUCGGCGUCUACUCAUUUGUCGUCCGCGGCCGCCAUUGAGAGGCGGCCCGAGAAGCGGCUGUCGAAGAGCCGCACGUUAGCGAAGAAGACCUCGAGGCUGUUCCAACGUACCUCCAAUGGUUCGCACAAACACCAUUCUGAGGACGACGCGGCGGUGAUCAGGCAUCACCAACAGUCUGGACGACAGAGCUCCUUCUCCUCGACGGCGUCUGAAACGGGCUCCUCACGGAAUAAGCACUGGAGCCUGUCGCGCGCCAGCACAAACAGUUCCCCUCGCGCCUCGCCUGAGACGCACCAGCCAUCAUCUUGGCAUCCCAGCACGACUUUCACUCUCCGACGAUCAUCUUCGGUGUCGUAUCAUUCGCACUCUAAACCUCCCUCAGAACACUCCGAGCCCACCGCGCCACAGACAACGCCGCAAGGCUUGCGCCACCGCGAUAGCGCCCAAUUCCACAACUCAGCAACAGGAGGGGGCACCAUUCGAGGAUCUAACGGCUCCACUCUUCAAAGAGCCGACACCGUCUCAAGCCGAAUGUCCUCUUGGCUCACCAACAUUAUGCCCACGAGCAACGGUUCUGAGGCUGCUGCGGCGUCUCCAGCUCCAGCCCCAGUCCCCCCUGUCGAGCAAGGAACACCAUCUCAACCGCAGCAGGUCUCGACCUCGUCACCCUUACGACGCCCUCAAUCCAUCGCUGCGUCGAUAUUCAGCGCAGCCCGUAACAAGGCAGCUAGUGGAAUGCGCUAUUUACUCGACUCGGACGCUCAACCAGACCAUUGUCAAGACACUAUGUGGGUGAUGGGCGUCGGGCACCCUGGCUGGACCCCACGACUCGAGGACACCCCGAUACCCGAGAGUGAGGUGUUGGCCACUCCACCGCGCGUCGAUCAGCGGACUAUCAAGGGGAAGGAGAAUGUUCAGUCUACGCCACCACAGGCUAGGGGCCUUGGGAACAUAUUUGGCUCGAGCAUGAACAUCGGAGCUCAGGCGAAUGCGCCGGCGACACCGCCUUCCGACUCGGGUGUGACGAGAUUGAAGAAGGACCGACCGAAGGAGAUUCUCACGUGGCCGGACCAUUUCUACGAUGAUUUCAAGUCCCGCGUUUGGUGUACAUACCGCGAGCAGUAUGCGCCCAUCCUGACGAUGCCCCACGACCAGCUGAUUCCAAACGCGGAUGCGUACUUUGGCGCCUUCGCUCAGAAUGAAGGGCUCAGCCACUCCCAGACAAUGAUGCCGUCUCGUCAAUCUGGGGGUGGUGCUUGGGGCUGGGUCAAGGGAGGUGAGCGCGGGCUGACCAGCGACGCCGGGUGGGGCUGUAUGUUGCGCACUGGACAGAGCAUGCUCGCCAAUGCCCUCAUCCAUCUUCACCUGGGAAGGGGAUGGCGCGUCCCGACCCAGAAACCCAGCGUGCAUCCCCGUACUCCCCUUGAACUUGCAGAGCUGGAGGCAUACUCCACUUAUGUGCGUGUCCUCUCGUGGUUCAUGGACGACCCCUCCCCGCUUUGCCCGUUCAGUGUCCAUCGCUUUGCUCUCAUCGGUAAAGAGCUGGGUAAGGAGGUGGGAGAAUGGUUUGGCCCUAGCACUGCCGCCGGCGCUCUGAAAACAUUGGCCAACUCGUUCCCACCCUGUGGGCUUUCGGUAGUGUCUGCCGCCGAUGGUAGUGUCUUCCGGUCUGAGGUCUACCAAGCCUCCAAUUUGCCGACUGAUUGGACGACUGGAGCUAAGCCCUCUCGACCCAACUCGUACCACCGUAUGAGCUGGGGCGGUAAAGCAGUGCUUAUCGUUAUCCCUACGCGCCUGGGACUGGAUGGGGUUAAUCCCAUGUACUACGAUGAUAUCAAGUCCGUAGGGAUUGCAGGCGGCCGACCCUCAUCCUCUUAUUACUUCGUCGCGUCUCAAGCGAAUUCACUGUUCUACCUGGAUCCUCAUUUCACUCGGCCCGCUGUUCCUCUUCGGGUGCCACCCGCAUCCGCUGGGCUCCCUCCGGUGCAGGUUCCGAGAUCAGCCCAGCGCACUCCGUGUACAUCGGCACCCCAUAGUGAGGUCAGUGCGGACAUCCUUGAAGAGCGUGAGGAGGAGGAGCACGAGGAUGAUGUUGAUUCGAUCUCGGAUGACGGUCUCGGUGACGAUCCCUCCAUCCCGCGACCUCGCGUGGAUGUCGUCGAUGUAGACCACGCAGCCCGCUUUGAAACCCGCCACCCCUUACGCCGUGACAGACGCUUCAAUCCUUCUCAGCCUCUGAGGGUGCCCAGCACCCCACCUCCUCGCGGUAGCGUCGACCUCGACGAGCCAACCACGCCGACUCUGAGUGCUCCCCAUGGUUCUCCUCAGCAAUCGCCAUUUGCCUCCCCCGCCACCCAUACUCGCUACUCAUCGACAGAUAGCUCAAUCCAGUCCUCGCCUUCCCGCGCGGCCAGCGCCCUACCAGUCGACCCUCAGACUUCGUGGUACGCAUCAGCGUACUCGGAGACAGCUCUGAAGACCUUCCAUUGCGACAGGGUGAAGAAGCUCCCCCUCUCUGGACUUGACCCAUCAAUGCUUCUGGGUUUCCUGUGCACCAACGAGGCGGAAUUCGAGGACUUCUGCGAGAGAGUGUCCCGCCUCCCUCACAAGUUCUUCAACGUUCAGGACGAGCCUCCUACGUGGAGCGACGCUGAGUCCGGCUUAGAAAGCGUGUCUGAGCCCGACCCUGACAGUGAUGGAGAAUUCAAUGACGAUGAGUUCGAGGAUGAUGGGGACAUGGAAUUUGGGAGGAUGGGCCACCGCUACGUGUCCAACGCAACGGUCGUACCUCGGUACAGCAACCGACAUUCGCAACACUCUCAUACUUUCUCAACAUCGACUACCUCCUCACACGGAGGCAGCGCUUCGCACGAUGCGAUCGGAGCCUUGUCGUGCAACAGUUCCGAAGACUUCGAUUCCGGGUCUGUAGAGACCCCGAUGGAGCAUGCCUCACGACCUCUGCCAUCGAUUGCUACGAUACAGCUUGACGAUGACGAAUCGUUUGAGCAGCAACAACAUGAGCUGCCGCCCCGCCUCCCUUCAUCUCAGACGUUGAGGGCAUUCCCGCGUCUUUCUGCCGAUGGCGACAGCCCGCAACAUCAUAUCAUCCCGCCACCGCGCAAACGAAGUUUAACCGCUCUCAGUUCCAAGGGUCCUGCCGGGGUGCCAUCUAAACCACUGCCCGUCAUUAUGCAGCACGCGGAUCCAGACACCACGCCCAAACAAACUCAUCAGAAAAGCAGCUACAACUUCCCAAAGGAUGAGACUGUCCGGGAUCUCGCCAGCACAGCCCGAGGUGACUCGCCGGAGCCGAAGGGCGAGGAGUCGGAAGCAUCCAUUUCUGCUCAACCCCACGUCACGGCGCAGUCUGGGGCAAUUCCAUUCUCCGCCACAGUGCCCUCCCUGUCCGAUGAGGGCGGAGAAGAGGAGGAAGACUCCUUGGUCAUCAUCGACAAGGACCUGGACGAGGAGCUGGAGUGCACCCGCAAUUCUGCCGGUGGUGUCCUCGAUCGAACAGAGCUUGAGAGUGUACCAGAACUGUCUCCAGUCCCCAAUCAUUAA